GUAUCUACUUGCAUUUAUAUUGGCUGUUGCUGGUGGUGAAGCGUAACACAGUUUCUAUACGUAAAAGUUAGAAUUGUGAAACUAUAACACAAUUAUCUUGAUUUGGGAGGUGUGUGUGUCGUUCGUCUGAAGAACAAAUAACCGUUUUUCUUCGUUUAUGAAUUGAAAAAUACGGUGACAAAGAUAUGGGUGAAGUUGAUGUAGAUGUUGAGGCAAUGUUGGAGGCUCCAUAUAAAAAGGUUCAGUGUGGCACAUCAUCAGAAUGCUCAGUGUCUGAUAAAGAAAACAAAAGACAUCAUCGUAGUAGGAGCAAGAGUAGCAAGAGAAGUCAAAAAAGCAGGAGCCACAGCCGAAGUAGUAGAAGAAGUCGUAGGAGUAUAAGCCAAAGCAGUAGAAGAAGUCAUAGAAGUAGGAGCAGAGGAAAAAGUAAUCAUGAUAGUAGGAGCAGAGAAAAUCGCUCUCGUAGAAGCAGCAGCAAAGAAAGACAAAGUAGAUCUCGUAGUCGCAAUUGGCAUUAUAGAUGCCAUAGUAGAAGCCAUGAUAGGGAGCAGAGAAGGAGCAGGAGCUACAAUCGAGAAAGACAUAGGAGUGGAGGAAUGCCUUCUUUUCCUUUGUCUCCUAGACAACCAUCUUUUGACAGAUCAUAUGAAAUGAGUGCUGAAGAACGUGAUCUGCGAACAGUGUUAUGCAUGCAGUUGUCCCCAAGAAUACAUAGCCGAGACCUGGAGGAAUUUUUUUCCUCAGUGGGAAAGGUGAGUGAUGUAAGGAUUAUUGUGGAUACCAGAACUAGAAGGUCUAAAGGGAUUGCCUAUGUGGAAUUUGCAGACAUAGAAUCUGUAACUUUGGCUGUUGGACUGAAUGGUCAGAAGCUGCUUGGUAUCCCAGUAAAUGUGCAACCUUCUCAAGCUGAAAAAAAUAGGCAAGCAGCACUUGCCAGUAACCUACAAAAAGGUGGUAAUGGACCUAUGAGGCUGUAUGUAGGGUCUCUACAUUUUAACAUAACUGAAGAUAUGUUGAAAGGCAUUUUUGAGCCUUUUGGAAAGAUUGAAAAAGUCGAACUCAUCAGAGAUACAGAGACAGGAAGAUCUAAAGGUUAUGGAUUCAUUACAUUCUACAAUUCAGAAGAUGCAAGAAAAGCUCUAGAUCAGCUAAAUGGGUUUGAAUUGGCUGGACGUUCAAUGAAAGUUGGUAAUGUCACAGAGCGAUCUGAUUCCACCUAUGGUGCAUCUUUUCUGGAUAGUGAAGAAACAGAUCAUACUGGUAUAGGUCUUGGUGCCACUGGAAGACUGCAACUCAUGGCCAAGCUUGCUGAAGGAACAGGUUUUGAAAUUCCCAAGGUGGCAAUGUCGGCUCUUCAGAUGCAGGGAUCAAUCAUCCAGCAGAAUUCUAUUCCACCAAUAGCAACACAGUGUUUCAUGUUAUCAAACAUGUUUGAUCCAGUAUCGGAAAAAAGUCCUACGUGGGAUCAAGAAAUACGAAAUGAUGUCAUAGAAGAGUGUCAAAAUCAUGGUGGUGUAUUACAUGUGUUUGUGGACAAAGCUUCUGCUCAGGGAAAUGUGUUUGUGAAAUGUCCAACUGUUGCAGCAGCAGUUGCUUCAGUGAAUUCUCUUCAUGGUCGUUGGUUUGCUGGUCGUAUCAUCACUGCAGCCUAUGUACCACUGAGUAACUACCACAACUUGUUUGCAGAUGCUGUGAGUGUAUCAGUGUUGCCGUGACAUGCCUUGAAAGAUUGUAGUUAAAUUAUUAUUAUUAAAAUGUUUGUGUAUUUCUUUAUAGUAUAAGGGGGGUGGAGUAGUAGUUUCAUAUUGGGAUAUUGUGAUUAGAGUAAUUUUUAACCAGCUUUUUAUUCUAGGCUUCAGAUAUUUCAUCAUAAGUAUUAUAAAUAAACUUUAGUUUAUAAAGUUAUUUAAGUGAGGAUUAAAUUUCAAGUACAUACAUUUAUUUCCUUUUAUACCAAAAUAAAACAUUUUGGUAUUAUAAACAUACAAACAAAAUAAUUUUCUGGUUUUUGGUAUUAAAAUUAUUCUUUUUCCACAAGCUAUUGCUCCAUUCUUACAGCUUAGAUAAAUACAAGAAGUUUUCUUUGUACAAAAAAUAUAUUUUACAGAAAGUGUAUAAAAACGUUUUUUUGGAAAGCUGAAACUUGGAUACUCUCAUUCUUUUGUAUAUAUACCCAUGUAUGCUAUAGAAUAAGUGCUAAGUUUUAUAUUUUUUUAGAACUUACUCAACCAUUUUGAUAGUAUAUCAAGAUGUGUGUAUCAUUUUGUAAAUUUUCAUCCUUGUACAAUUAAUAAAUGUUUCACCUAAA